ACCGACCCAAAAGCUUCGAGUCUUCCACCUUCAUAACCAGUCUCUAGUGCCUUGCAGCCUCAAACCACACCACAUAUAACAAUAUUUGUGCUUCAUCUACAGGUUCAGAAUCGCAAGCUAAAGCUACAAGAUGCCUCCUGCUCGCCGUCGAGGAGGCAACACUGCCGCCACCCGCUCCGGCCAGUCGACCCUGUCUUUUGGCUCCAAAUCUAGAGUCACCAAGCCAUCUGCGACUCCCACGACACGAUCUCAAAAAGCAAAGGAUCUCGAACCGCUCGUCUCUUCUCUUCCUGAAAAGCCGUCCGUUGAGAGUGCUUCCGAACCAGAGGAGGUACAAGUGACCCCCACAGAACCGUCACAGCCUCAUGUGGCAGAACUUGCCGUUAGACAACAAGCCCGAACAGAGAUCGAACAGCCGGUGUCAGAGGAGGACCAGAAAGCAAGCAAUAUCACGGAAAGGGAUCUGGCGAAAUACUGGAAGCAAGAAGAAGCGAAAAGACGAGGGCCUCGAGUCCACCAGAGUGAUCUGACAACCCAUGAGAAGAUCUUACGGCAUUUUGACCUUUCUAGUCAGUACGGGCCCUGCAUUGGCAUUGCCCGGCUCAAACGUUGGAGGCGUGCUAACAUGCUCAAUCUCAAUCCCCCAAUCGAGGUUCUUGCGGUACUCUUGAAAGAGGGCAAUGAUUCAAAGCAACGAGCCUAUAUCGACGAGCUGUUGUCUUGAGCAAGGAAUGCGUGCUUGUAUAUGAGAUAUGUUGGUUACAGGGGUUACAGAGAGAGCUUGGAGUAUGGUUUGAUUUUUGGGAAAGGCGUUUCGGCCAUGCUACGCAUACCCUUUCGAUUAGCUGUUAUGGUUUGAAUUGAUU